ACUGUUGCAGGAAUGAAAAUUACUUCACCAAUCUGGUUGUAUUGAAAAGAGAGAGACUGAACUGUUUCAUUGAAAAGAGAAAGGUGACAUACCCGGUAGCCGAUGCUGAGCUCUAUAGCAAAUACCUUGACCAUCUCCACCAAUUGGGAUGCAUUCCUGUGGCCGCUAAUAGUCCCAGUAAGUCAGAAGCUAGUGCAGAGAUUGACACAGAUCUGAGCGGUAAGAUAGUUUUGGUGAGUGAAGCUUCCUCGGAUAUUGGAGCCGCCAUUGCUGAGAAGCUGGCUCUGUGCAAUGCGAAGGUCGCCAUGUUUGCUGCAAAUUUUGAGCAACUGGAAAAUUUGAAGAAAAAAUUGCAGCAGGCUGGAGCUAGCCAUGUGCUUGCUAUGAAAGUUGAUGUCACUAGUUCGAAUGAGGUGAAAAAUGCAGUUGGGAUUAUUGAAAAGUGUUGGGGUCCAGUGGAAAUUCUAGUGGACAAUGGCAACUGCAUGUAUUAUCAGGUGAUGAAGAACUGCGACGUUGCCAAGUGGUGCAAGAUGGAAGAUGUGAAUGGCAAGGGAUCGCUCAAUUGUCUGGCAGCUGUUGUUGGAGGCAUGGCUGAGAGGAAAAGUGGCCGCAUUGUCAAUAUCACAUCAGAUGCUGGCAAAGUUGUGAUGAAAAAAUUUGAUUUUUCUAGUAGUGUGGAGACUCUGAACCCAUCAGAUGUGGCUAAUGCAGUGGUAUCUGCCCUCAAGCAGCCAUUUUCAUGUUCAAUAUUGAAGUAAUCAACAGGCACCUACUCAAUAUUUCACUUCUAUUGGCACAUUAUUCAUAACAAUACUAUACUAGUGAUUUCCACCAAGGAUCUAUUAUCAUAAUAUUAGUCUUAUAUCCAAAGUGAAGUAGGUACUCCUUUUUGUAGGAACCAAUAAUCUUGUCAUCGAAUAAUAGCAUUAGACUUUUUCAUAGUUUUUCUACUUUUCUAUUGGAAUGAUUAAUUUUUUGAUUGUUACAUGUGCAGGCCUUUAAAUAUUUUCAAUUAUAUUUUUUGUUUUGAUUGAUGUGAAUCACAAAUUGUUGUGUACACUUGAGUAUUGUAGAAGUGGAGGUAAAAUUUGUUGAAAUAUAUUACCUGCUCAAUAUUCCAUAAUAAAUGAAUUCUUGAUGUUACAAGGGAGUAUUACAAUAUAAAAUACUGAAAAUCGUAAUAUCAUAUUCAUUUUCUAAAUAAAAAUAUCAAAAUUAGUAUUGUAGUUGAAAUAAACUCAACAAAAAUGGUGUAACUUAUACUGAUACAAUUCGAAACUUUUCUUGAUUUCACUUUUUUAUCAGUUAUUUAUUGUUACUAUAUUAUUAAUGCAUAUUCUAUAAUUUGCUACAGUAUUUCCAAUGACUUCUUAUUCUAAUUUGGUUGUCUUAGUUUGAAUUACAAAUUAUUGAUUAUAAUUUUGUAGAAGUAGUGGUAGAAUUUGUUGGAAUUUCAGACCUGCUUGAUUUUUCAUGAUGACAUAAUUCUUUAACAUAGAGUAUAGUAAAUCACUCACUAAUAUUUCUAUUAGUAAGUUGACGUAUUCCUUUAAGAUUGAACACUAUAAUCCUCUAAUAAAAUUUGAUCUUUUUUAUAA